AUGGCCCGCCUCAACGAUCUUCCUCCGGCAACGGAGUCUCUUGAAUCUUUGAAGCGACGAUUUAUUCGACAGAAUAGGGAAAUUGCCCGAGCAAACUCAAUUCAAUCCGCGCGGAUAAGAACCCUUGAAUCCGAAGUGUCCCGACUCCUUACCGAAAACGUUGCCCUUCGCGAUGAAAUUAGUUAUCUGAAUAGGGAAGUUGAGAAGUGUCAGGGUAGUCAGCGCUUCGGUAACCAGUUGUUCUCUGUCAAAGAGAAACUUGAAGCAAAACUAGCCGAGCUAUCCAUUUUGGUUACCGAUCUUGGUUCGUUGCCUCGGAGGGCACACCCUAUUACGCCAAAGGAAUCGCAUAGUUCUGAUUUCUUGCGGUCUCCUUCCUGUUGCCGACAAAAUGUGAAGCCUGAAAAGACUGUCUCGACAGGAGACGAAGAUAGACUUCCUGUCAUCUGCGAAGAUAAAUAUUUUCCGAGGUUAACUCCUGAGGUUGAAGAAAUUCCCGAAUCACCAAUAAACGAUCAACUGCAAGAAGACACGCUACCUUGUUCGAUAUCAGGGUCGCUUUUAUCUCUUCCUGCUAAUGUUUCCAGUCCUUUCUUCGCAGAGAAAUCACCCGAGAGCAGUAAAUGCUCCAAGGUCAAUUUAUUGUCCCAAAAUAAAUUGCCGGCCCUUGAACCGCGAAGGAAACGUAGAGAUAGCUCGUUUCUACAAGAUAUUCUUCCCAACGCUGAGCGGUUUACAGACCCAGAUGGAUAUGGCCAUAUACCUCCAAGGGCCGGAUCCAAACGAAAAUUCGAUGUACAGGAAGAGGGAGAGCCCAGCUCAGCGCAUUCCAACUGUCAAGAUGAUUUUCAGUUCACCCGCCUAAAUGCAUCAUCCGAGGACCUGCCACAGGAGAUAGAUAUCCGUAGCGAGGACCAACCCAUACAGAGAGUCUUCAAACACAAAAGGCAACCUGUGGGGGAAAAGAAGCCUGGGCGUCGAGCCUUAGGACCAAAGAGCACAAACACAAACCUAAGGUCACCGGUUAAAACUGAUUCAGAAAAAGUUCAGCUGAGAGGUGAAGGAAAACGACAUUUCACACAGAUCAAUGGAACACCGUGUAGCAGGACAAUAAAGGACGAGCGCGGCAGUUUCGACAAGCUAAAGUCUAGCGUUUUAGAACCUAACUUAUCUGAAUUCAACCCGAAGGCACCCAUAAAGGGAGCCCGUUCACCCAAGGAAGUGGGCCACUGUUUAGACACCAACCCACCAGUUGCUACCCCAAAUAUGGUCGAUCGCGCUGCAACAUCCGAAAGCGCAGACAUACUCCCAGAGCCGGGUCCGACGGACGGCAAAGCAUCUGCAAAUACAAGGACUAGACAGUCUAGACGAUCAAGAGGACCUGUGAGCUAUGCCGAGCCAAACCUCAGAGAUAAAAUGAGACGCCCCACAGAGGAGCUUGUUGAUGCCGUUGGGGAAGACAGAUUUCGGCGUAUUUCGAGAUCGCAGCCCGAACAUUUCCAAACGCCCGAAGAAGGUGACACUAUAAAUAACAAUCCCGUCCAGGCGCCCCAGGAUCCGCCAACAAAAUUACCCGAUCAUGAACAAAUGGCGGAGGGAUGUUCCGCCCAUCCUGACGGGGAUUACCAUAACGGGCAAUCAGCAUCUAGCAUUGCUAUUUCAACUCUUGUUGCGGGAAGUAAAAAGCGUUGCCAGACAAAAAAGCGAAGUGAAACACGGAGGUACUCGUCAAACCCAUCACUUGAUGCUAGCCAUGCCGAUUUGACGACGAGGACUGAUAUGUACAACAAAACACCACCUGCUGAAGGGAUGUUUGAGUUCUCCACGGAGGAGACUGCGGCUGGCUAUGCUAAAACCCCAAUCGACUCAACGCGCUUGCAACGCGGCCCUGCCACUAGGAGACGGAGUAUGAUGGUCUAA